UAUUAACAUAAGCAGUCACCGUCUGUCUACUAUUCUGUAUUUGUAAAUUCAUACAAAUUUACCAGUUUCUCCUCACUCGAUCAUAAUACCAUUUAACAUGGAUGUACCCGAAAUUCUGGCUGUCAUGUGGACUCUUUGUCUCUUCACCCGAGCCAAGGCGGGCCCCAUCGUGGAGACUGCAGGUGGACCGGUAGAAGGCUUCACUGACCACCUCACGGAUAACGUAUAUCUACGGAUCUACAAGGAUGUCGACGUCUUUCUCGGCAUUCCGUUCGCCGAACCGCCCACGGGCCAACUUCGCUUCGCCAACCCAGAACCGAAGAAACUAUGGGAAGGGACGUGGAACGCUACGUACUUCAGACCGAUAUGUCCCCAAAUAUUGCCCGGACGACGGUCUGGGAAGGACGAGGACUGCUUGUACCUCAAUGUUUACGCGGCCCACCCAAUGUCCGAUUUAAAGCCCGUCAUGGCUUGGAUUCAUGGAGGAGCUUACAACGCAGGCGCAGGUGGGCGUCUCUGGUAUGGCGGCACCCCAUUGGCUGCUUUCGGUGACGUCAUUGUGGUAACACUCAACUAUCGGCUGGGCCCGUUUGGCUUUCUUAGUACAGGUGAUCAAUCGGCUCCAGGAAAUUUUGGAAUGAUGGACCAGAUCAUGGCAUUGCAGUGGAUCCAAGACAAUAUUUCAAACUUUGGUGGAGACCCAACUCAAGUUACCAUAUUUGGGCAGAGUGCUGGAGCAACAAGCAUAGGACUUCAUCUCCUUUCACCUCUCAGCCAACGCCUCUAUAAAUACGCCAUCAUGCAGAGUGGAAGUACAUUAACCCCUUUUGCUUACACAGAUGAUAAAGAAAGAUCCCGCGCGGAGGCCUAUCUGGUUGGGGAGAAGCUCGGAUGCGCAACAACAUCAAGUAGAGUUCUUAUUUCUUGCUUGAGGACCAAAUCAACCUCUCAGAUCCUAGCUAGUUCAUUGUCCAUGAUUUUCCUCUCGGCGCCAGUGAUAGAUGGUGUCUUUCUCCCAGAUCAUCCUGAGCUCCUGGUUCAAACGGGACAGUUCAAAAGGACAAACAUCAUCAUCGGAACGAACCACGAUGAGGGCACUGCCUGGGCCUUGGCUGCGUUUCCCCAACAUAUCAACAACAACGAAAAACCACACAUGUACCGUGAUUUGUAUGACACGUGGCAUGGGAGGUACACGUACGGGCCAACUAAUGACGUCAUUUUAAAGUCGAUUGAUCAAGAGUAUCUCAAUUGGAAAGAGGUAGAUAACCCGGAAGCAGAUUACCUUGACGCAUUUGUUGCAGAGAUCACAGACCAAACCUUUGUAGCACCAGCCGACACGCUCAGUCGUGCCUUUGUGACAUAUAAUGGUGGGGAUGUUUACCUCUACCGCAUGACACAUGUCCCAUCCGCCUCUGUAUACGAGCUUACCUCAAGAGAUAUCGGACCUGGAUGGCUUGGCGUCACACAUGGAGAGGAAUUCCAGUUCAUCUUUGGUUGGUCGUUUAUACCCGACAUCAGCGACAGCCGUCCUCAACUUCCUCCGAUAGAAAAAUCAUUCACGGCUGAUGUCAUGAGCUACUGGAUCAACUUCGCAAAGACAGGAAAUCCAAACACAGCAGGCAAACCUAACUGGUCUAGGUUCACCCUGCCCGAUAUGGAAUACCUGAAGCUGGAACCAGGUUUCCCUUCUGAUCGAGCCCUCAGAGCAGACACGUGUAAUUUCUGGAACUCUUAUCUUCCUGCUUUAGUCCAGUUUUCAGGGGACGUUUCUUCGGCAAGCGUGAGUUCUUCAGUUCGUCGACAUGGUCGAUAUCGUCGCCAAAAUCACACCUCAUGGUCGACAUCAAGCUGGAUUACAGAGAGUAUUAGACGAUCUCAUCCGCAAAUAUGGUGGAAUGAAAUUCUCGAGCGUUGCUGUGAAAGGGACAUGAUGAUACUUUCUGCAUUGCUUGUCUUCUGUUUGGUGUCAUUCAGCUGGGCCACUGGUCCAAUAGUAAUGACAGCAUCUGGACCUGUCCAAGGAUUCGUUGACCAUUUGAAGGAAAGUACAUACAUCGGAGUCGAUAAAGACUUUGACGUCUUCUUAGGAAUCCCAUUCGCCAAGCCUCCCGUGGGCGACCUCCGUUUCGCCAACCCCGAGCAACCUGAUCCAUGGAUUGAUACAUACGAGGCAACGGCAUUUCGCCCAAGCUGCCCGCAGCCGAUGUUUGGUACCAAGGAUGAAGAUUGUCUCUAUCUAAAUGUAUACGCACCUUCUCCAAAGCCCCAGAAUGCAGCCGUAAUGGUCUGGUUUCACGGAGGAGCUUACAAUGCUGGAAGUAGUGGUCGAUACAUGUAUAGUGGAAUCCCUCUUGCUGCUGUCGGCAAUGUUAUCGUCGUCACAGUCAACUAUCGUUUGGGUUCCCUCGGUUUCCUUAGUACCGGGGACAACGCAGCGCCUGGAAACUUUGGCUCCCUCGACCAAGUGAUGGCGCUUCGCUGGGUGCAGGAUAAUAUCGCAUAUUUCGGUGGAGAUCCAACUCGAGUGACUAUCUUUGGAGAGAGUGCAGGCGCCACAAGCGUGGGAUUGCAUAUAGUGUCAAGGUCAAGUCAAGAUUUGUUUACCUGGGCUAUCAUGCAGAGUGGAAGCACAAAGACUCCUUUUGCUUACAAUUCUGAUUCGACUGCUGCCCGAAACGAAGCCUUUCAGCUUGGUGGCAAUGUCGGAUGCGACGCGGUGGAUAGCCAGGAACUCAUCGCAUGUCUCAGAACCAAAUCUGCUGAUGAGAUCUUGAUAGGUGGACUUCGGUUUGGCUUUCUGUCCGCACCUGUAGUCGAUGGCAACUUCCUUACUGCAGACCCCUUAGAAAUUUUAGAGAGGGGUGACUUCAAGCACCGGAACAUCCUGCUUGGUACAAACCACGACGAAGGCACCUUGUGGGCAUUAGGCAUCUACCCCGACUACACAAUGUCGAAGUCGGCUCCGUUUAUGAGCAAAGAAGCAUACGACGAACAUCGGGAUGACUUCCUAACAGGGUACCUCGAUGAUAUCACUCUGAAGGCUAUGGAUCAGCAAUACAUUGACUGGAGCAAGGCUGACGACAUGGACACCGACUACCUUGAUCUCGUCGUCAGACAGAUCACUGACGAAACAUUCACUGCGCCUGCCGAUGGCACAGCUCGGGCCUUCUAUCAACAUGGCGCCGGCGAUGUAUACAUGUAUGAGUUGACCCACGUACCAUCUGUACCGGCCUACAGCUACAAAUUACUUGGGCCUGGCUGGCUUGGCGUCACUCACGGCGAGGAUCUCCAGUUCAUCUUUGGAUGGUCCUUCAUUCCCCGAAUGAAGGAAUUACGACGCAACCUUCGCUCCGACGAAUUGACCUUCAUGGUCAACAUGAUGACAUACUGGACCAACUUUGCUAAGACUGGCACGCCUAAUUCAGCUGAGCUGCCAACAUGGCCAACUUAUACGGUUCCAGAACUCGAAUACAUGGUCCUGGACCCAGACCUUAUCCCAUCUCGAGCUCUACGUGCCGAUGAUGUAGCAUUCUGGAAUACGUUGGUCCCAGAGUUGCUUCAGACUUCUGGCUUGAGCAAAGUGAAGAAUGUUUGGUCUGCUCCAUGGAAAACUUUCUAAUCAGAUAAUUAGAAAGAGUCAUAAUAGGUGGCUGUUCCUAUCAUCCAUACUGUAGCAACCACGAAUAAAGCGGUGAUCAGCACAU